CAUUGUUCUGCACUCGCCCCGACCGACGCAGGUGGGAGGCGCGGAGCUAGCUUCGGCGCUGGCUGCCCGCCCGCCCGCCCGCCCGCCCGCCGGCCCCCGGUCCCGCCGCCUCCGGGCCUCAUGGGCGCGCGCGGCUCCCACUCCGCGGUCCCUCCCGACGCGGACAGCAUUCGGCGGGAGACGGGCUUCUCACAAGCCAGUCUGCUCCGCCUCUACCACCGGUUCCAGGCUCUGGACAGGGACAAUAAGGGCUACCUGAGCCGCAUGGAUCUCCAGCAGAUUGGGGCGCUGGCCGUGAACCCCCUGGGAGACCGCAUCAUAGAAAGCUUUUUCCCGGAUGGGAAUCACCAGGUGGAUUUCGCUGGCUUUGCCAGGGUCCUUGCUCAUUUUCGACCUGUAGAUGAGGAGGACCCAGGAAUGCAAGACCCCAAGCAGCCAGAACCCCUCAACAGCAGAAUGAACAAACUCCGCUUUGCAUUUCAGCUCUAUGACCUGGAUCGGGAUGGAAAGAUCUCCAGGAACGAAAUGCUGCAGGUUCUCCGCCUGAUGGUUGGGGUCCAGGUGACCGAAGAGCAGCUGGAGAGUAUUGCAGACCGCACCGUGCAGGAGGCAGACAUAGAUGGAGACGGGGCUGUGUCCUUUAUGGAGUUCACUAAGUCCUUAGAGAAGAUGAACAUCGAGCAAAAAAUGAGCAUCAGGAUCCUGAAGUGACCUGCUCGGUGCCUUGGGCAAGGUCAGGCCAGCCGGUAUCUGCUCGGGAUCCAUCGUAUUCUUCUAAACCAAACUCUCCUGACAGCUGAGAAGAGAAAAUAGGAAGGGUGGGAACUGAAGCACAGCUCCCUUGAUCUCAGCUCUCUAAGUCAGCCCAUCAUCUUCUGGUUGCAAGUGACCGGAAGUCCAUCUCAAAGUGACUUCAGUUUAAAAAGGGGAAUUUAAUGGCUCAUAUAAUUACAAAGUCCAGAAGUGUCUGUCUCCAGGCACAAGGGAGGCUAUCAGGACCCAGAUUUCUCACGUGUGCAGCCCAGCUUACUUUUCCUCUCGUAAGCGGGUGGGAAGGUUUUCGUACUGGGGAUCAAACUCAGGCUGUGCUUGGCAGGCACGUGCUUAUGCUGCUGAGUUACAUCCCCGGCUCAAGCCAGUGGGAAGGGAUUCCCUCAUCCCAGCAGUUCCAAGCAAAGACUGCUAUUUCCCUCCUGGGCCCUUGUCCCUGUCCCCUGGGCAACGGAGUAUUCUAACUGGCCAGGCCCAUGGCAUCUACUAGCUCCUGGGAAGGCUGGGCUCAGGAUUCAGGAUGGGCUGAGAGGCGGUUGCCUAAAGAAAAACGAAGUGCUGUUGUCAGGAAAGUGGGGAAUUUGUAUGGAUCAGGCAAAAUAGGAUGUGUCCACUGUUGUCUCGUGGGCUUCAUGGAGGACCCUUGAAAUCUGGCUCCUGAAAUGGUUUUUCUUGAUCCCCUGAGGCCCGACAUGUGGUGAGGGGUGGUGACAGGGGGAGAUGGUGAAAACAAUAAACAGUACGAACCUGC